GCACGAGCUUCAGUUCUCGAAUUCGAACAACAUUAAGUGCUUUCACCAUGAGUAACGAUAUUCCCAACGAUUGGUUUCUGGUCAAACUGACUCGAUGGGAAAACGGCCAUGAGACUAGUUCAGCUCUCCUUCCUGUGAAUAUUUCUGCCGGUAACACAUCGUCUGGCCUCAGAAAUGGACUUGAGGCUAUUUAUAAGCGAAUUUGGGAUUACUUUACUGUUAUCGAGAAAGAUGGAAAUUCCUCCGACCGAACGAAUCUCCCUUCGGGAGCAGCCCUUAGACAAAGUGAUGGUAUCGAAGGUUUGAGCGUUGACUGGCAAGGGCUUUCGGCUGGCGACUGGCCGUCGCAGCGGACUCUUGUUACGGAAUUUAACCUUCCUGGAAUCCGGGGAAGAUUAUCGAUGAAUAACAAUGCAGUGAUCCAUUGCAUUGUCAAAGACAGCAAACUCGACGGGAUUGCCUGGUGCCCUCCAAAAAACUAGAGCAUUUCAGUCUAGGACCAGGGGCAUGACACAAACUGGAAGUGUUUACGAGCGCGGGCUUCCAAAACCCGAACCUCAUUUCUGCAGUGCAUUUGUUGUCUCGAAGGAUUUAUGAGAAAGGAGGAUCGGAAAGUAUGAGGUUUUUGGGAGUGAAGAAAAUAGACAAAAGCAAUUUGAGGUCAACAUCAAUAACAUAAUGAUCUCGUCUUGUCUAGUGGGUUUUGUUGACAAGUGGUAAUAUGUCUCAAGGUACAGAGACUUUUAUGAUUAAGAAAGCCUUACCUAAAUUGUCAGCGGUAGAUGCAAUACCGCCUCCAUGAAGCUUUCACUCUGCUUCUGUCAAUUCCAUUGAAACAAAUUUGAAUCCACCAUCCUCAAUGCAACUCCAAACCUGAAAAUUGAUAUGUCUGCAUCCCA